CCGGGGCGUCGCGUGCAGGGCGGUGCGGUGUGAACUGUUUGCGUUGCGCGACACUGUGCCUGUUGUUGCUGCGCCGAUCAGCUGAACGCAUGAUUGCGCUUCCAGUUUGACAAGCAGGAGGGGAAGCCCUGUUGGCUCGAGAGCGUCCACAUAACGCCGAGAGAGGCGUCAGCAGCGAUUCCGUUUGACAGGCAAUGGGAUGCGGACCACGACACGCUGCUCAACGACUACAACAACGCCAACAUCUGUGUCAGGUUGAAGACUCCAAUUCCCGUUGUAAUUGGAUGGAAAAGAGUGACUUGUUACAUUCAUCAAAUUCCACCCUUUGAUACUCUACAAAAUUAAGAAUGACCAACGGGCUUGAAGCGACAUAAGCCAAAGGCCAGUGAAGUUCUAACAUGUGACAAGCUGAAGACUGGAGACUAAUAGAUCUUCAAGAAUUAUUUACAUGUCAGCAGAGAAAGUGCCUCAAAAGCAAUUUGAAACAUUUUUUGUCAAGCUCCAUUGCCAGGCAUCAGACCAAAAGACACACAAUGAUGAAGUUCACCAAGGCUGUUUGUGAACAGGAGAGGGGACGUUUAGCAAACAACCAGCAUUCACAUAUAUGGCGGCUGCACCAUGGCACUGUUUAAUUGUGCCUUUGUCUUUUAAGCACACUGUCCGGUAUCUUACAUUAAUUAUGGCAUAAUAUAGUUAGCCCCCUAAAGCAAGAAUAAAGACUUUUUUUCCUAUCGGAAAGGUAUUGAUGCGAUGAUGUUUAUCAGAUUGGUGGUCAAAGAACCAUUCCCAUUGUGUCCUUAAGGCCUUCACCCCACAUCCUAUGGAGGCAGAGGAAAAGCAGUCUGCCGAUGGGGAGCAGUCUGGUCAACAACCGCAGCCAUCAUCAAAGUCUUUGUUAGCAGCACAGCUGCCUCAGUUACAGCAACAAGCUACCUCGCAAUCUGUCCAUGGAUCACAUGGCCGCCUUCAACACAGGCAGCCGAAACGCUGUGAAAUGCUCCAAAGGCAGAAGCAGCGACAUCAGUCACAGGCGAGUGGGUCAUCUUGGCAGCUCUCAGAAAUACCUGGUCCUUCAAGAGGCAGCUGUUCUGCCCUGGGAGAUCCAUCUCCCCAAUCUCACAAUGUCCAUCAAACUCAAUCUAUGCCCAAUGUCGAAGUACAGGAAGGCACCCCAUGUAGACAAGAGCGCAAACCCCAAAAACCAGGGAAAUAUGUGUGCACAUACUGCGGCCGACCUUGUGCAAAACCUAGCGUCCUGCAAAAACAUAUCCGAUCCCACACAGGAGAGAGGCCCUAUCCAUGUGUCCCAUGUGGCUUUUCCUUCAAGACCAAAAGCAACCUGUACAAACAUCGCAAAUCUCAUGCACACCGAAUAAAAGCAGGCAUGGCUUCAAGUCGUGAGGAAACAAGUUUUAUUGGGCCAGAAGGUGCAGUCUUGGGUGAAGAACAAGAAGAGGGUACGGAGGGAGAGAGUACAGGUUCUGAGGAUGAGACAGGGCAGCACCAACCAUCUACCUCACAAGGCAGACCAACUCUGAAAAAAAGCUGCAAAGUGGAAUUGUCAUUCAUAGAGGAGGGACCCCAAACUGAGGAUUCACAGGCAGUCAAGCAAAGGUUAGCAAUGAGGCUAAGUGAGAGAAAACGUGCGCCCAGAACAUCUUCAGAUGAUACACGAUCCUCAUUGGGUCCUGGCAGUAAGGGGAGCACAGAAUCCGGAUAUUUUUCCAGUUCUGGGAGUGCUGAGCUCUCCCAAGUGAGCCCACCAAAUGCCAGUGCUAAAACAUAUGCUGAGAUAAUUCUAGGAAAGUAUGGACGACUAGGACAACAGCAACGAAUUCCACAUCAACAACUGCAGUUAUCAUCAUCAUCUUCAGGUCAACAAGAAAAAUCAAUCCCUUUCACCGUUCCCAAGACACAAGUCAUUGAGCAUAUAACAAAGUUAAUCACUAUAAAUGAAGCCGUGGUGGAUACAAGUGAAAUUGAUAGUGUCAAACCAAGACGUUCCUCGCUCUCUAGAAGAAGCAGCAUUGAGUCUGUUAAGUUCUCUUCACCCAAAGAACAUUGUGUUUUUGAACCAAAAGCAGAAGCCCCUGGCUCUUGUGGCUCUGCUGUUCAACUUAUUUCUGGUAGUUUUGCUGGCGAAUUAACUGGUUCGUAUUUGACAGAAGCAGAAAAAUUGGCUGGUCAGAGCUCUAGUGCUUUUCUCUACAGGAGUCAAUCAGUGCCAUCUUCUGGUAAAUCUUCAGAUACGACAUCACACAGCUUUCGUCUCAGUCAUUCCUUUGAUGAUCAGCAGGCCAUAGCAGCUGAAAUGAGAAUUGGGCCCCAUCAACGAAUGUUGCGACGCCAGCCUGCUAUUGAGAUGCCGGUUGGAGCGGAGCUCAUUAUAGAGGAUGCAGGCCCUUCAUCUUCAAGUUUAAAAAAAACUGAACCAGGAAUAAAGCGAGAAAGGGAAAUUUUCUUAUAUGAGUGUGAAAUGUGUGGAAGUCAUUUAAAGAAUCAAGACUCUUUUGCUGCACACAGACUAGCAUGCAUGAGUAAAUCUUUACAUAGUUUUCAAAGUGAAGAAGGAAGUGCUUUAAUUGAAAACCAGCCACAGAUCAUGAGCUACAAGUUCAAAGCUAUGGCCAUGGCUGUUCGCAAGCGUAAAAAGAAAGAGGAGAGUCUUGAGGAAGACCCCCCCAGUCCAGGUCCAACCGCUGUGUCAUUCUGCUCUAAGCCUCUGUCUAUGCCAGGUUGUAGUGAUAAUCAGGGUGCAUCUUGUGGCCUUUCACCAAGUGAGCUAGAAAGAAGGGGUUCCUGUAAAGAAAUUUCUGUCAUCCAACAUACCAGAUCAUUUGAAAAACAGGAAAGCAUCCCUAUGACAAACCAGGAAGAAGAGCCAGAACAUGAGCCAUCACAGGAGCCAAAACCAACCUCUACUUCCCGGUUAAUUCGUCAAUCCAACAUUCAAGUUCCAGAAAUUCUUGUUACAGAGGAGCCAGAUUCAGAGAUGUUAUCUCAACCAGUAAGCACCUCUCUAGAAUCUGAGAAAGUGGAGGAAUUCCAGUGGCCUCAGCGUAGCCAAAGUCUGUCUCAGCUCCCUGCAGAGAAGCUACCGCCAAAGAAAAAGCGUCUCCGUUUGGCUGAGGCAACCCAAUCAUCAGGAGAAUCUAGCUUUGAGUCAGUAUCGCUGCCACACAGCCCAAGCCAAGAGAGCAAUGUUUCCCAUGCCUCCAGCCGAUCUGCAUCCUUUGAGGAAAUGGGAAGGCCAGACUCUGAAAUGCAAAGUGCUACUAGGAGCUCCCAAGUUUCUCACAUGCUCACCGUCCCAUCAAGUGUCUAUCAAUACCAUCAGUCUCAAAGAGAGAUGCGGCGCUCAACCUCUGAACAGGCAUCUGCAAGUCCGGCUUACCCAGCACAUGUAGAAGAAACAAGAAGCAAGUCAUUUGACUAUGGCUCCCUAUCUCUAGAGCGUACUUCUGUUACUUGGAAGGAGAGGAGGAAAUGUCUCUUGGUGAAACACGGAACUCUUGGUGAACCUGACCAUGAGGAGCCAUCUUCUAAACAUGGCUUCUUAGCUGUUUGCCAGUCCUACCCAGCUCAUCCUCCUUUCACAAUCACAGAGAACAGAGAGGGAAACAGGACCUCUAGGUUUAGCUCAGAGAAUAUAGGCAAGACCUUGCAACUGUUCCACUCCCCUCUUGGCCUCCCACCAGCAGUUUUCCCUAUACAUCAAGCAAAUCCUGAUUUUUAUUCCUCAAGUCAGCUAACUAGAUUCGUCCCAGUCACUACAGGAAUCUCAGCAGUCAUUUCACCGCAAAUGUUUCACCAAGGCUACCUUCACAGUGAGACACCUCCGGUAAAUCAAAGACCCACAGAGUAUGUAGAACGCCUGCCCCUUCAGCCACUCGCAACUUUAUUCCCGCUACAAUCAAGUGAUGUUGCUCAGGCGGUUUGCUUUCCCAUGCCAGGAGGUCUGACUAUUCAGGUCCCCUCUGGGCCUCUUUUCAGGGAGUUUAGGUCAUCACCAUCCUCUUUGCCUAGUCCUGUUCAUUCACAACAGCAGCUAGUAGUUCGCCACAGUCCCCAUCCUGUGAUUGCUCCUUGCCUUCAACAGCUUGUGCCAGUGGUGUCCCUUGUAGUGCCUGUGCGCUUACAGACUCACAUUCCUACCUAUGCUAGUGCCAUGUAUACAACCAUCUCACAAAUUUUAGCCACAACACAACAUCCAAUCUGUUGUACAGCUAUGGUCAUCAUGGGUAAACUGGAGGAAGACAAGAUUCAGAGAUCUUACCUUAGGCUGCCCUCGCCAAGCCCUAAGAGCUAUAUUCCCUUGCCGCUGCCUCUCGAACAUGGAGCAGGAACUUCAUCUGAUGACAGCUAUGGACAACUUGGUGCCGGAGGAAGUAAACGAAUGCUGUCCCCCGCAGGUAGCCUAGAACUCAGUUUAGAGGCACAUCGACACCAAAAGCGGGUAAAAGAAGAGGAGGAGAAAGAAGAGGAUGACAAGGAAAAUGCUGAUAACAAAUGUGAUGAAAAAUCUCAGGAGUUAAGUCAGGGUAAAAAUAAGUAUAGGCUAACAGUGGAGAAUGUCGGCAGGGAAAAAGAUCCAAGAGAAGUAAUAGAAACGGAAGAGUCAAGCAAGCAGAACUUACAUCAACACAAAACUGAAACCUUAAAGGAGGAGGAAAGGGAAGAGGCAGAACACCGGUAUGCUCCAAGGGUAGCUAGUCCAGUGAGAAUCGUGGAUCCUUCAUAUCCUAGUUUGCAUACAACAACAUCUGUCAGUUGGUGCUACCUAAAUUAUACAAAGCCCAACCCAUCUACACAUAGAGAUUCAACAUCAGUCUAUUCCUCAUGGAGUGUUAGCAUGCAUAACCCCAAUAUACCUGGUUUGUCCACCAAAAUAUUACUAUCUCUGUUGCGCUCAAAACAAAAACAUAGUGCUGAAACAUACACAAUGGCUACAGCUCCACCACCAACCAUUGACAAGCUGGUUUCUACAGACAGCAAGGAGACCAGUGCAUCAGAGGUACAUGCCUCACCACCCAGCACCCCCGUCAAAGUAAAAGAGGAACCAACAAGUGAAAGUAGGGACAAAGAUAAGGAGAGUGCUGAUGACAUGCCAGCUACCUCGACUCAAAAUGAGGCAGUACGUGUUUGCAUUUUUGAGGGCGGGUAUAAGUCAAACGAGGAUUAUGUGUAUGUUCGUGGAAGGGGAAGAGGCAAGUACGUGUGUGGUGAAUGUGGGAUUCGCUGUAAGAAGCCCAGCAUGUUAAAAAAGCACAUUCGCACUCAUACAGAUCUGCGUCCGUAUGUCUGCAAGUACUGCAACUUCGCCUUUAAAACCAAAGGGAACCUUACCAAACACAUGAAGUCUAAGGCUCAUGGUAAGAAAUGCCUGGAGAUGGGAGCAUCCGAGUCCUCUGAGCUGGACCCUGAGGAAGCAGGAGGCAGUGAUGAGCGAGUGUGUGAGUCAGAAGACCAGGAGGGCCACCAGUUCUCUGAUGUUGACGAUUCUGAAGUAGAAGAUGAUGAAGAUGAGGAAGAGGACUUCUCCUCCCAUGAUGAGCCAUCUUCAGCCUGCUCUACUGACACCCGUCAGUCUACAGGUGACCUUUCUGAAAGUGGCCACGGCUCACAGACUGAGCCCUCUGACCCUACAGCAAGGGAGGAAUACUCUUCACCUCAUAGGCCUUGGCCUGGCAUACGAGCCAUGUCUCCAGGAGGCAAGAGGGCGUCUUUCUCUCGGAAGGGCUGGGAGGUUUCCCCGAGGAACUUCUCCCCAAGCAGCGAGGGCUCUCCUCUCAGAAGCCUGUCUCCAAGGGUUGAAUUGUCCUCACCCAGUCGUCAUCUCUCUCCAUCUCCAGAGAGAGGCCCGUCACCCAUCAGAGCUUUGUCUCCUCUCAGACCUCUCUCUCCUCUGAGACCCGUGUCACCCGCUAGAUACAGGAGUGCCAGAGCUCUAUCCUCCCCUACGCCUUUAAAGCCUCAGCAUCGCCCGCACAGCUCUCCCGCAGGCCUCCACUGGGAGCCCAGCAAACCAGCUACUAACACUCAAAAGGACAAACCUGGUACUCAAGCAGCUCCAGAUCCCUGCCUGCUUUCCCCAUCCCAGCGCUUUCCUCCCUGCGAGCCUUUCCCUCCAGCUCCAGUGACUCCAUGGACAGUGGACCGCAUGUUUAGCCACCUUCCUUUGCACUCCCAAGAUCAAGCCCGCAUGCCCUAUCACAUGAUUCCCAUUGGGGGCAUCCAAAUGGUGCAGCUCCGACCCCCAUCACGGCCCAAACUGGAACGACAGUCGUCGUCCACCCCUUCACCCACCUCUCCCAAAGAAGACUCCCCUUUUUCUCUCGCCAGAAGGGAUUAUCCAUGGAUCUCAUCUUCGGAAAGCAGUCCGCAAAGAACUAAAAUCCAAGAUGAGGGAGCCAGUCAGUCUGACCGGUUUAGUCCCAGUACAAGCUCGGCCGUACCUAAACUCCUCUCUUUAAAGCAAGGUAUAGGGGAGCAACGGACUGCCAAGGUCAGAAAGCAAUAUAGCGACUCGAGCUCCACCACAAAGACUCGCACUUUUGGUCCCGAAGCAUCAAGGAAAACUGCAGCAGACAGCGAUGAAGGAGCCCAGAGGAUCUCGCAGGGGGAAGAAGCGAGUUCCUCAGGUGAAAGCAGACUGCUACGUGGGACAGAAAAGCCUGUAGCGGCGCCACUCAGGGGACGUGGCUCUUCUGCAGAAGGAUCUGACGCUGAUCCAGAUAGCACUUAAAAACCUCUGUGCACAAUGGUGAAAUGCUUUCUACUGCUAAUACUACUAUUGUUUUGUUUUUGUAAUGCGCUUAUUUUUUAUAUACACAAUUUUCAAUACUCUUGGUAACUUGGUAAAUGUUUGUUCUGCAAUAUUCAAGAUUGUAAUAUGAUGCACUUUUUUUUUUCUUGGAAAAAUAUUUCUGUAAAUCGAUUACGUCUGUCCCUCCUAUAAUCUUUAUUGACAUUGCAAUCUUAAUAUAUCUAUUUGAAUAUGUAUAUGUAAAAACAAACCGAAAACCUUGUACUUGUAAAACAUUAAGUAUGGAUAUGUUUCUAAAUGACCAAGAUGAAAACUUCAAUUGAGUAAUUCCAAUAUUUCGUCUCUUGUCCAGUAUUGCGCAAAUUCUAGUGAUGUGUGCCUUUUCUGUCCAGAUUUACUGCUUGAAGUGUCAAAGAUAAAAAGGCUGUGAAUUCUUUUCAUGAAUAUAGAUUUUUAUUUGAGCUGGUGUUUGAAGAAGCGGUAAGGUUUUCUUUGUACGUUAGGGUAAACGAGACAGGCAUUGUGCUGUUUAAUAGACAAGAGACGAAGGUUUAGGUGAUGAGCCUUGCAGGGAAAUUGCACUGAAGUCAUAUUUUUUAUAAUACAUAAGAUGAAAAUGAUUAGAUAAGUGUCUCUGUACAGAUAGAAAGUCUAUGGUCCAUAUUUAUUGCCAUGUGAAAAUAUGAAAAUGUUUUGUUUACUUUGGUUUUUCAAAGGGAUUUCUAUUGUCGUUUUUAUUAUUAUUCUUUACACUUUCUGUUUAUAGUUGCGUUUCUUUUUUUAGUUGUGACCUUAAGACUUGAAAUGAAGAAACUGGACAGGCUUACAGUGAACUCCAAAAUUUGUCACAGACAUUUUGCAUUUCUGAACCAAUAAAGGUACACCAGGAAUUACUAAAA